AUGGCUCAACCAUCCGAAUCUCCUCGUCUCUCAGUCCCUCACUUCGACCAGACAGAUACAUCUCAACAGACCUUUUUCACCACACCGGAGAGCUCAGACUCUAUCCAAAAUGUCUCCAACCCCCGAGACUCAUCUCUCGAUCCCAACUCUACUCCCCAAAAUCCAACCACAUCCACAGAAAACAUCCCCCUCUAUCUUGCCCCUCCCAUUCGAUUUUCCUUCCCCCGACAAUCCUCUCGCUUCUCCGAAGAUCUCUCCUCCUCCUCCACCACCCACCACACCUUAAACCAGCAAUCCCGUACCACCUUCCAAACCCUCACUAACACACCCUCUCCCCCCACCAAUCAAAACUACUCCUCAUCCCCAGAACCCAAAAACGAAACCACCACCCGCACCACCAAUUCCGCUCCCCAACCCAUCCACUUCCGCUCCAUGACCUGGCUCCACUGCGCCUUCAUCAUGAUCGCCGAAACCAUCUCCCUCGGCAUCCUCGCGCUCCCCUCGGUCCUCGCAACCGUUGGGCUCAUCCCCGGUCUCCUCCUCAUCAUCAGUAUGGGCCUCCUAGCCUGGUAUUCCGGCUUCCUCAUCCAUCGUUUCCGCACCGCCUAUCCAUCCAUCAUCUCCUGGGCCGAUGCAUGUUCGAUUCUUCUCGCUCCGCUCGGAAUGCCCAAUGUCGGGAGAGAAAUUGCGGGAGCGGCGCAAAUCCUGUUUUUGCUGUUUCUCAUGGCGAGUCAUAUCCUCACGUGGAUUAUUUGUUUGGAUACGUUGACUGGGGGGAAGGUGUGUAAUAUUGUGUGGGGAGUGGUGGGGAUGGGUGUUUUUUGGAUACUGGAUUUGCCGAGGACGUGUAGGGGGAUGAGUUGGUCGAGCAUUGUUUCAUUCGCAAGUAUCGGUACUGCUGUCACCAUCACCAUGAUAUCCGUCGGCGUGCAAGCACCGGCCGAGAAAACAUACUCCCUAUGGCCUAAAAAAGAUCUUUCUGUUCGCGAAGCCUUUCUAAGUGUAACGAACAUUGUAUUCGCUUAUGCCGGCCACAUCGCCUUCUUCACCUUCAUCUCCGAACUACGCACUCCCUCUGACUUCCCCAAAUCUCUCGCGACCCUGCAAAUCAUCGAAAUCGCACUCUACCUCCUCUCCUCGAUGCUCAUCUACAUCUACACCGGCUCCUCCAUUUCCUCUCCCGCGCUCCUCUCGGCCGGCCCCCUGCUCUCCAAAAUCGCUUUCGGGAUCGCCAUUCCCACGAUUGUGAUCGCGGGGGUCAUUUUCGGUCACGUAGCAUCGAAAUACAUCUUCCUACGUAUAUUUACCGGGACGGCGCAUGCGGAGACGCGGACGAAACGGGGGUUGAUGGCAUGGUUAGGAAUUACGGGGGGAGUAUGGGUGUUGGCUUGGAUUAUUGGGGAGAGUGUGCCGGGGUUUAAUGAGUUGUUGGGUUUGGUGAGUAGUUUGUUUGCGAGCUGGUUUACGUAUGGGUUGCCGGGGGUCAUGGGGUUGUGGUUACAGUGGGGGAAUGGCAAUGGGAAUGGGAGAGGUGGGAGAUGGGGGUGGUGGGGGGGUAUGCUGUUUAAUGCUUUGUUGGUGGCUGUGGGUGCGGUGCUUUGUGGAAUGGGGGUUUGGGCGAGUGGGGUGGGGAUUAGGGAGACGAGUCAAAAGGGGGGAGUUGGAGUUGUGGGUGAGGGUGAGGGUGAGUGUUUUUGCUGUGAAAAUAUGGAGAGGGGUUGUUGGUAG